UCUCACUUGACUCUUUCAUUUUGUUCAACUGAAUUUUGCGUCAAGAUGAAAUUAUAUUGGUGGAUAUUACCCUUUUACUAUUCCUUAGUGAUCGGCCAAGAUACGACGGAAAACAAGGGCAGCACAACGUCGUAUGAUAUUGGUGUUUUUACCAAUCUGCCUUCUUCACACUUCCUGGAUAAAUUGCGAUUUCGGGGAGGACAAAUCCCACUUCACAACGAUCCAGUCUCGGUGAUGACUUUUGACGAUAACCUGCACAUCGUCGUCAACGAAGCACCAUCACCGGAACAACGGCAACUACUGAAAGACCAUCCCGAUUGUGCUUCGAUUGAACAGAAUCGAUUAGUUCAUGCAGCCCAAGUAAACCUAAAUACUGAUCCAUCUUCUUCUUCUCCCUCUUUUUCCACGCCUGCUGCUUCGCAUCUUGCUUCACAAGAUCAUGUGGCAAAUUGGGGUCUGGCUCGUAUUGCUCAACGCAACCUACCUCUAGGCUCUACCUUUACCUAUCCGGACACUGCAGGUGAAGGCGUUGACAUUUAUAUCGUUGAUAGUGGCGUUAACAUAGAUCAUGAGGAUCUGCGUGGUAGAGCGUACUGGGGUAUUACAACGAUUGAUGAACCUGACACCGAUACGAAUGGUCACGGCACAUUUGUAGCUGGCAUUGCAGCUGGCACUCAAAACGGGGUUGCAAAGAAAGCGCACAUUAUUGCGGUAAAAACGCUCAACGCCAAAGCGGCCGGCACGGUGGCGGAAAUUCUGAGAGGCCUACACUUUAUCAAGUUGGCCGCAGAACGGUCUGGACGAAAAUCCAUUGUCAAUUUAUCCGUUUUGACAAGCAAAAGCGUUGCUCUGAAUGAAGCCAUCGAAUCCCUUACCAGAGCAGGGUUGCUGAUUACCUCCGCCGCCGGUAAUCAUGAGGGUGAAAACGACGAUGUGAAUGCUUGCCAUUUUAGUCCUGCCAGUUCACCGUCCAGUAUCACCGUCGGAUCAACCGAUAAAGAGGAUGUCAUGGCCCAAUUUAGCAAUCGCGGUCCGUGCGUGGACAUCUUUGCACCUGGUGUGAAUGUGGUAUCUGAUAACGCAUCGAGUGAAAAAGACACCAAAAAGGCGUCGAGUGGCACUUCAUUUAGCUGUCCGCAUGUUAGCGGAGUAGCUGCUUUGAUGUUUGCAGCCGAGAAUAUCACUGCUCAGGAGGUCAAACGACGUAUCUUAGCAAUAGCAACAACCAAUACCAUACGCCAUAUUCCAAAGGACGGAACCCCCAAUGUCAUGCUUUUCACCGGCAUCAGCUCGUCUGAAUCCGGGGACAGUCCAGUGUAUACGGCCAUGGCCCCCGAUCGCUUGCUCAAAUUUGAUUGGAAGUCGUUCUUCAUGCCAUUGGUUGCGUUACUGACACUAUUGCACUGAUUGGUCCAUUUGUCAAGUCACGAAGCUAUUUGAAUACCCAGAGGCCGCAGCCAUUGUCAAUCGAAAAACCAAUCUUUG